CUAUAACCUCAAAUUAUAAUGAAAAUUAAAAACGAAUACAAAUAUAAACUGUGAUCUUAAAAUUAUUUGUUAUGUAAAUUUAUAAUUCUACAUCGGUUAAAAUGUUACCACCAGUUUUAAAUACGGUUUUCAAAAGAAAAUCCGUGAAGUAUGGCUUACCAUUUCUUCUGGUUGUCCUCGGAGGAUCGUUUGGUUUAAAAGAAUUCACUCAAUUACGCUAUCAGUUUUCAAAGAUUACCAAAGUAAAUCCAGAUGAAAUGAAAAAACACGGAAUAGAAAUGAAAAAACCGGGAGAAGUUACGUUAGAAACGGAGUUUGAAAAAGUAAAAAAACUGGAUAUUGAUAACUGGGAGCAAGUACGGGGCCCCAGACCUUGGGAGGAAAACACCAUCACCACCACCACCAGUUAAACUACAAGCUUUUUAGUAUUGUAUAUAUAAAUAUGUAAUGUGUAAGAGUGUAAAAAACUGCAAAUAAAACGAAAAAAAACUUUUA